AAGAGCAAAUUGAGUUGGCACGUUCAUUAUUUAGAGGCUUCGAAAAGCAAAUAUUAUGCUUAAUAAUAUAAUUGCUGAAGAUGUAUGUAAUUAACCAUUCGCUAAUAAUUGCCGGCAUCGUGACUAACUGUCCAUUCUCUCUCUUAAUCUUCUCUUCGCAACUCAUCAUGUUCAGACAAGUUCAUCAAUUAUGGCGAAACUUAGCACAUCUAGCACUCAUAGCAGCGCCGAACUGAAUAUCCAAGACCUCUCACUCACGAACAAGGAUGAGAAUCCUCACCCCCAACCCCCACAGAUCGAUGAUUCAGUGGCGGCAACCAACACGAUAGCGGAAGCAGGCAAUAAGCCACCCCAAACCAGCUUUACGGACCUCCCCACCGAGCUCCGUGAGAUGAUUUGGCACUAUGCACUACCCGAUCCUCGAGUCUUCAACGCAUUAGUGUAUGCCUCAGCGGGGCUCAAGAUGCAGUUGUUAGAGCGGGAGAGUCUGAAAAUGCCGCUGGCGCAUGCAUGUUUCGAAUCGCGGCAAGUCGUCAAGAAGGCAGGGUACAUCCUUGCAUUCCGUGAUGAAGACGAACCUGACGAUCCCGGCGUCUGGUUUCAUCCGCGGCGCGAUGUUAUUGAGAGGACGCUGUGGGGCCCUGGUGAUUUCUGGGGUUUGGAUCCGACGAAAGGAGGAGCUAGCAAUAGUAAUGGGAGCCGGUGAUGUUUCCAUGUUGAUUUCGUCGAGGAAAAUAAUAAAAUAGGCACAGGGUGAAUGGCGAGCUCCACCGUCACC